UUUUUCUUUUCUUCUUCUUCUUCACAGAGAAAAUUCUUUGGCAAAUAUCAAAGACGUUUAGAAAACGCCAAUGUCUUCCUCUCUCAUUCUCUUCCUAAACCCUCCAAUUCACCACCAAAACAAGCCUCUUCCUUUCUCUUCCUCCAUUUCUUCUUCUUCUUCCUUUUCACACUCUCUCUCAUUCAACUCCCACGUCUGCUUUUCUUCCUUCUCAUCUUCCCACAGUGACCGAGAAGAGCAGCAAUGGCUCCGAGAAGAGCAACGGUGGCUCCGAGAAGAACAGCGAUGGCUCCGAGAAGAACAACGCUGGGCGCGUGAGCGAGACUCGCUUCUCCGCCAAAUUUCCGAUCUCCAAUUCAGGAUUCAAGUUCUGGAGCGCCAGCUUUCGGUUCAGGAAGGAGCUUCCGUGUCCGAGACCAUCGCUAGCAUCGCAGGUUUGCUUCAGGUUUUGAAGGACAAGAGUUUGAUCGCGGAGACCGAUUUGAGUACGAGCACGAGCACGAGUCCGAUGGUGUUGGAGGAGAAGAAGAGCGAGGAGGAAAAGAAAGAGGAAGAGGUGUUGGUGGUGGAGAAGGUGAUUAGGGUUGAAGAUGCAGAAGGAAAGAAGGUGGAGAAGAAGAAGAGGAGUUCUUUGAGAAAGGGAUCGGAAGGAGAAGAAGUCCGAUCAAUGCAGGAAGCGUUGCUAAAGUUAGGAUUUUACUCGGGUGAGGAAGACAUGGAAUUUUCUAGCUUCUCAAGUGGGACUGAGCGUGCUGUGAAGACUUGGCAAGCCAGCUUAGGUGCCCCUGAAGAUGGGAUAAUGACAGAACAACUUCUUGAAAGAUUAUUUGUGGAACAGAUUGGGGGUUCUGGCUCAAACUUAAAAACAGACAAAAACAAUAGUCCUGUCGAUACGCCAAAGGAAGGUACAAAUGGAGCUGCAAUUGCAUCUUUUACAGAAAUUUCAAAGGUUCAGCAAAAAAUUGUGAAAGAUGAAGGUGUUGCGGAAGUAGAUUUGUCCCAUCAGCGAGUUUUUCUCUUAGGAGAGAACAGAUGGGAAGAGCCUUCUAGACUCGGCAGAUACAAUAAAAAUGGUGAAAGCAAGACGAAGCAAAGCACAACAAAGUGCCUCAGUUGCCGUGGGGAGGGUCGUUUAUUGUGUAUGGAAUGCGAUGGUACAGGUGAGCCAAACAUCGAACCCCAGUUCUUGGAAUGGGUAGAUGAGGGAGCAAAAUGUCCUUACUGUGAUGGCCUUGGGUAUACAAUUUGCGAUGUUUGUGAAGGGAAAUCAGGGGCAUAGUUAAGGUAUUUGUUUCUUUAAGCCAAAAAAAAAAAAAAAAGGUAUGGUAUUUGUUUCUCAUAAAUGUAUUUUGUGUACUAUAAUGCUCGAACAUGUACUUUGACUAAUAUCCAUUAUAAAUAUUUAGAAGAAAAUACUUCCUACUUUUUAGAUUA